AUGGGCCCCUUCCAACCUCAGCCGUUCUGUGAUGGUGUCACAGGAAGAGCCGAAGCAUUUAACGAAGCCAAGCCAAAAGUAUCUAGUCGAAUUCUGGAGAGGAAGCACGCCUCGGUCGCUUUCGCGCAGUCAAGAGCCUCUCGGCCACGCGCCAAGCAAACCACCAUCUCCGCCUUCUUCAGCGCUCAGACAGGUGAGAAAGACAAAGAAAACUCCAGGCCAUCUCCUUUCAGCCCGAAUAAAGACUGUGAAGAAAAAGGUAUUUCUUUGGCUGCUUCCCCUGUGAAGAUCUUGGCUUUGCCGCAGAUGGAGGCAGCCCAGAAACAGUCCUUCAGAGCCGAGGAGGAGACGGUGCAGGUUACACCCCAGCGUCGUGCACAGAAAGCACCGCCCUUGCCGACUCCUUUGCCAGACUCCUUGUUGCCACCAGCGGAGUCCCACAGCAGGAGUGAAGCCUCCUGUGGGGCGGGAGAGGAUUGCUGCAUCUUCAGCUUCACCCAGGAUUCAGAGGGCAACCGGAUCAUCGCUCACAGAAAUGAGUCUGAUGUAUUUGCUGGAGAAACGGUUUCAGCAAGCGGCAGCGUAAGGUCAGACUGCGGGAGAAACGAACAAGAGGGCCAGCCGCUCCCAGGGGAGGUGAAGACCGGACUUGAUUUCCAACCAAAACUUGGUGCAAACCAGAAUAAGAAACCAUACCAAUCGAGUAGUGAUAAUUCUUUAAUUGAUUUCUCUGAGACUGAGAAUAUAAAUCCUACUAUAACAAGAGACAGUACCUGGGCUGCUGGCUUUUAUUCAUCGCCACAACGACCAGCUGGAGCACGGCCUCUGAGAGAGCGCAGCCAGAACGCUGCUGCUGGUGCAGCCGAGGAGGGAUGGGGCAGUAAGACAGGACUGAGCAGUCCCUGCCGGCAGCUGUUCACCCAGGAUUCGGAGGGGAACAGAGUAAUCGCUCACCGCUGCCAGAACAUCCUGUCUCCUCGCAAGGACAGCGGCAGCUCCCGCAGGCAGCUGCCUAACUCUCCAUACAAGGGCUGUUCCAGCCACGCUGCAAACCGGAGCUUGAGCAAAACGGGGGAGCAGUGGUUAGAUGUGUGCUACGAUUUACUGUUCACGCAGGAUUCGGAAGGAAACAGAGUGAUGAAACACUGA